GAGGGCAUAAAUAUGGCUCAUUACAGAUGAUUUGACAGUAAUUUGAGCGCCGGUUGGACCCAAGACUGCCUCCCUUCAAAUAUCAAAUACAAGUAAUGGCCCCCCGGGGUUUCUCUUGAAUCACCCAUCUCAAAGUCUUAUCAUCACCUCUUUCCUAGAAUACAUCCAACUCAAUUCUAGCAACCAUGCGUGCUCAGUACCUCAUUCUUGCCGCCAUUGGCCUCGUAGCUGCCGCCCCUCUCGACGUUAGAGGAGCGGAUGCAAAAGCUGAAGCUAUCCCCUUCUAUCCAAAGAGGGGAGCUGAUGCUGAGGCGGAGGCGAUUCCCUUCUACCCGAAGCGCGUAGCCGACGCCGAAGCUGAGGCCAUACCUUUUUACCCUAAGCGAGGAGCAGAUGCGGAAGCUGAAGCCAUCCCCUUCUAUCCUAAGAGAGGCGCUGAUGCGGAAGCCGAGGCCAUUCCUUUCUACCCCAAACGCGGUGCUGAUGCUGAAGCGGAGGCUAUUCCCUUCUACCCUUGAGUAGGAGGUCCAUGUGGCGUACUCUCAGUGCAAUACUCGAAGUGCCGAACCGAGAUACGGAGCACGUGUUGGAGGUCAUGGCUCAGGUGCUUUCGUUUAUCAUAGCUUCGACCUCAAGAGGCUUGAUGGACCUGUAGAGUAGAAUCCUGGAGCUGGCAGGAUUAGGAUUACCAGGAUACACUCAUUACCUUAUUACAUGCCGCAAUUGAAACAUUCCAC